AUGAAUGUUUUACCUGAAGUCAAAUAUCUGGGAAAUGGCCCAUUUUCCCUGGGUAUCUGUGCAAUGGCCAAUAAGGUGAGUGGUAUACCUAUGCAAAAUAUCCUUAAACUACUCAGCCAAACAGGAGAUUUUACUAUUAUUAUUUUUCAAGAGAGUAUGAUACUGGAGGUAGACUGUAUAUUUUGGCCAAGAGUAGAUUGUUUGAUUGCAUUUCAUUCAAAUGGAUUUCCUUUGCAAAAGGUUAUUAAUUAUGUGAAGUUAUUUAAACCAGUAGUAAUGAAUGAUAUAAAAAAGCAAAAAGAAAUGAGGAGUAGAGUUGAGAUAUAUAAGGUUUUGGAUAAGUGGAGAAUCCCAAGGCCUGAGUCUACAGUGAUUGAUCAUAAAGAAGUUGAGAGAUUAAAAGAAUAUGAUGAAUCUAUUUUUGUUGAAUCACAAGAUUAUAUUAUUUAUCGCGGGAUAAGAAUAAAUAAACCAUUUAUUGAAAAACCUAUUGAAGCUGAUAGGCAUGACAAUUGGAUAUAUUAUCCCCAAAAUAGCGGUGGUGGAUGCAAGAAACUCUUCAGAAAAAUAGGAGAUAGGAGUAGUGAAUAUGAUUCUACACUAUGGCAGGUUAGGAAAAAUGGUACCUUUAUAUAUGAGAAAUUCAUACCAACAUUUGGGACUGAUAUAAAAGUAUACACUGUUGGCCCAAUGUUUGCACAUGCUGAGGCAAGGAAGUCUCCUUGCCUUGAUGGGAAGGUUCAAAGAACAUUAGAAGGAAAGGAAGUUAGAUAUGCUGUACUAUUAAGUCAUGAAGAAAAAAUAAUUGCUCAUCAAAUAGUUAGAGCUUUUAAACAAACAGUAUGUGGAUUUGAUAUUUUACGUACUACAAAUAAUAGAUCUGUGGUCUGUGAUGUUAACGGGUGGAGUUUUGUAAAAGGAAAUACUAAAUACUAUAAUGAUUGUGCACAUAUUACCAGAAUAAUAUUCUUGAAAAGAUUACAAAAAAAAUAUAAUUUUGUCUUAAGACCAUCAAAGGUGGCAUUAGAUAAUCAUGACUUUCCCAAAGUAUCGACAGUUUCCCAGUUAAAUAGAGAAAACAUAAACAAAUAUAAAGAUAGACAAAUUAAAGAAAUGAGUAAUGAAGAGCUCAGCACGGUAAUAGUAGUUAUGAGACAUGGUGAUAGGAAACCCAAAUUAAAACUAAAGUUUGAGAGCUCUCACCCACUAAUUUUAGCUUUCCAAAUAAAUAAUUCAAGCACUAAACGUCUAAAGUCACCAGAAGAACUAUCACUUUUACUUAGUAGAAAUUCUACUAUAUUGGAAUAUUUUUUUAUGAAACUUGAGGAUCCUAUGGAUAAUAUAGAUUUUAAUGAAUGCAGAAGCAUAAUGAAAACAAUUCAUAGUCAUUCUAGGUUACGGCUAUUUCUAGAACAAGGAGAAGGUUUUUCUGGGGUAAAUAGGAAGGUCCAACUAAAGCCUAUAGAAUGGAAAAACAAUGUGAAAUUAAAACAUGUCACUAAAGUUUUGGUGAUUGCAAAGUGGGGUGGCGACCUAACAAAUGUAGGUCGUGAACAAGCAGAACAAAUGGGACGAAGAUUACGAGCUACACUAUAUCCAGGCGACUCAGAGGGGCUGUUGAGACUACACUCUACUUUUCGUCAUGAUUUCAAGAUCUAUUCUAGUGAUGAAGGCCGGUGUCAGCUAACAAGUGCUGCAUUUACUAAAGGAUUUCUUGACUUAGAGGGUGAUCUUACACCCAUUUUGGUACAGCUAGUAAUCAGAGAUUCAUAUGCACAUCACCUAUUGGAUGAUCCCACAUCCAUGCCCGAUAGAAAAAUUUGUAAGGAUAUGAUUGAGUAUCUCUUAAAUGUUGACCAAGUUAUUACAGAUAAAGUCAUAGAUAAAUUAUGGGAGGAGAAGGUUGGGAAGUGUUGUAUUUAUAAAGAGUUGACAUUUGGUAAGCAUUCACAAAAUCUCCAAACUUUAUCAAAAAGUGUAAAGGAAGCUCUAAUAGGCUGUGGAAAUCCUCUUGAUAGGUUGAAAACACUUUAUCAAAUAAUGUGCUCUUUAGUUACUCAUAUGAAAGAUAUUCAGAUCCACAAUCAUGAAGAUAGUAAAUUUUCAAGGGUCUCUUCAAAAGUCAGUGGUGGGUCACUUCUAAAGAAUCAGAACAAGUAUAUUUCACCUUGGAGUGAUAUCAAGUACCGGUGGAAGCAGCUGACAAUCUCAUUUUAUAAUCAAGAGACAAAUCGAUAUGCUACAAACAAGAUUCCAGAUAUAUUUGACAAUGUUACAUAUGACUUAAAUAAUCUUCAUUCUUAUGUGGAUAGUAAUAUUAAACAAUUACUAAUUAAAAUACAUGAUAUUGUUAGGCCACUCAAGAAAUUUGUUUCCAAAUCUCAGUAUGGACUCACUUCAUUACAGAAAGUGGCUAUUGGUAAGGGGAUUGUUUAUGAUUUGCUUGAUAAAUUGCGUCACGAUAUCAAAUACUCAUACUUAAGAAAUCUAGCAAAUAUAAAUACGAUAAAAAAAAGUCCUAUGUAUUGUACAGUAUAUACUGGAUCACAAAUAGAUAGUUAUGACAAUACAAUUAAUCUUUCUUCAGUACAAAACUACUCCACUGAAAAGUUAACACAGGUCCAUGAUGAGGAACAUAUUAGACUGAAGGAAGAAGAAGCAAGUGCAUUUGGAAUAAAAUCCCCAUGGAGAAUUGUUAGAAGUAGAUUUUAUGUUACUUCAGCUUCUCAUAUACAAUCUUUAGUAAAUAUAAUUCUUGCAACAGAAAAUAAAGUGAAUGAAAAGUUGUACAUGGCAGAUAAUACUAAAACAUUAUGUUCUUUAGAUUUGAACUAUUUAAGUCAUAUAGUGUUUCGGGUAUGGGAGUGUAGAUCAACUCCAAAAUUGGAUCAUUGUAGAUAUAGGCUAGAAAUAUACAUUAGUAACGGCAUAAAAAGUGAGCUACAAGUUGGUUCUAUGACAAUCAAUGAAAAUAUCUCUUUAGAUAGUAGUAAUGAGUAUUCAACUCAAAGUUUGUCGCUAAAUGGUCCUAUUAAUCAGCUAAUAAAACAUGAAAUAGGUCCUUUAGUUAAGAUUUCAUCCAAUAAUUUACAUAUACGCGAUUUUGAGCAAUUGAUUGAAAAUGUUCUCCAACUUGACUCGUCAUAA